AGGCAAAGACAGGAGAGGGGAGUCGUUUGUAUAGGCGAGAGAGAAGGAAGUGCAAUCUAUCAACAAGUAUUUUCAUAGUUGCUAAGUAGGUUGAUUUAAUUAGAUUGUUCUUUCUUGACGAUCUGUAGAGGUACUUUUUUUACAGUGUCUCUGUCUCAAUAGAAAAAGAAACUAACAAGAUGAAGCUCCUCACCACCACCUCUCUCCUUUUUUCCGCAACGUCCUCAAUCGUCGGCGUUUUUGCUGGAAAGAAAUGCCCAGGCCACUUUGGCGGAGCUACCAAAGUGGCGAACAUGUGUGAAUCGCAUUUUCCGGAUAAAAAUUCCGAGAAAAUCUGGUUCAUCAAAUUCUAUGCGCCAUGGUGUGGCCACUGCAACAGCAUGAAGCAAGCAUGGAGUGAUUUGGCGAAGGAGUUGGCAGAUGACAAGGAGAUUGGGAUAGCUAUGAGCAAUACAUAGUUUGAUAAAUUGUUGGCCCUGUCUUUCUGUGGAGGUACGUAGUACUAGUCCUCGUGCUUCGAUAAAGUAACUUCAGCAACUCCACAUUGAGAGCAGUCAUUCUAAGGUCCAUAAUGACCACCUGCAUGGUCUCCGUCUAUUCAAAUAUUCUCGAUAUCCUACUUCCCCCUUCUAACCCCAGCGGCGUCGAUUGCGAUGACGCAAAGAACAAGGGUUUGUGUGGAAAAUAUGGCGUCCAGGGCUUUCCUACUCUGAAAGCCUUUAUCAAUGGAAAGCCGAAGAAUUAUCAGGGUGCCAGAGAAAAAGGACCAAUGAAAAGCUACAUCUUAGGCUUGAAAGCGAAGAAGGGAUCCAAGGGAGGCAGUGCGAAGUGCAAUAAGGGAAUUUUCAAGAGUACUAUUAAUGAAGAUUUAUUUUGAUCGGGGAUCUUGUACUUUUUCAGUACUUUUUCUAACAAGGUUUCUAGAGUUGUUAUUAAUGUUAUUGGGAGCAAACUCUUCCUCAUCACCAAAAUCAAAGACAGAGAAAUUGUUGCUCUUCAUCAAUCUUCAAAAAGUCUUCUUCUCUUCUGCCCCUUUCCUCGCCAGGUUCCCUCGUCAAGGAUUCUAUGCUACUUUCCUCUUUCCCCACGCCUACCAGGUUCCCUCAAAGAUUCUGUCCUUCCGCUCUGCGACAAGCACUUCCCAGAUCAAAAGUCCAAGUUCUCUUGGGUCAUCGCUUUUUACAACAAGGCAAGCUUCGACACUGAGAGGGACGAAUACAAUCUUAAGGCUCGAUACAAUCCAUUUCCAACGGUAUAAUUUUCUUCUGUUUCCUUCUUAGGAUUCGGAAGAAACAAAUAUAGGCUAGAACUGAAUCGUUUACGUUUUGAGCUCUAAUCAUCGUUUGGCUCUCGAAUUCGGAAACGAACCCGCAGACAAGAAUAAGAGCCUCAAGAGUAACAAGAAGCAGAGUGAGAGGUUGACGGAGAUCAAAGAGAAAUACUCUUUGGCAGAAGCAGAAGACGGAAAGAGGAAGGCGGGGAAGAGUAAUUAUACCCUAUACUUUUGCUGAGUAACGACCAAUGAAUCUAUCAUUCGGUCUUCUUGCUCUUCUUUUGAGAAGGUCCAAGUCGGCUGAAAAGACUUCAACGCCAUUUGAUAGGAUGGCUCAUGAGGUAACAUGACAUGCCGUAACGUAUUUUUCAAAAGUAAAAAUUUAUAUUACAUCCAACAAAAUUCUUGUUUGUUUGUUUGUUUGUUUGUUUGUUUUGAUGCGCUCCGGGCGACGCGUGCGAUCCCGCCGGACAAAAUUCUUCUUACAACAUUCAUUGCGGAUUCUACGAUUGGUAAUUUGUAAUAUCAAUUUCAUCAAUUCAGGCAAAGACCCUCUCGCGAAGUUUGGUGGCGUUUGCUGUGAUUGCGAGAAGGAGGCCGACCCGAAGUGCAAGGACAUCGCCAAGCUGCCAGCCUUCCAGGUCUUCAACCACGUUUCCAAGAAGACCUUCACGUAUGAAGCCGACAAGUGGAAUGUCGAUGGCCUGACUGGCUUUGCCUUGGAGAAGCUCGAGUUGGUGACGAAGGCGAAAGAGAAGGAGCAAAAGAAGGAAGCAAAGAAGGAGAAGGAUGAAUUGUAA